GGGAGGAGCGCCCCCGGGAGGGCCCGGCCCCCGCGGAGGCCCCGGCGGCGGCGGCGGGGUCGGAGGCCGGGCGCGGGAGCCGCCGCUGCUGCCGCUGCUCGGGGCCGCGGCUGCGCAAGCUGGGCUGGGGGCUGGCGGUGGUGCUGAGCGUGUGCACCUCCUGGGCCGGCGCCACGCAGCUCGCCAAGCGCACCUUCCGGACCUUCGACGCGCCCUUCACCCUGACCUGGUUCGCCACCUCCUGGAACUGCCUGUUCUUCCCUCUGUACUACGUGGGCCACGCGUGCAAGGCCCCGGAGCGGCCGUCGGUGAGGCAGCGGUACAGGGAAUGCUGUCGGUUUUUUGGAGGCAAUGGCUUGACUUUGAAGGUGUUUUUCACCAAGGCAGCCCCGUUUGGUGUCCUGUGGACACUCACAAACUACCUGUACUUACACGCAAUAAAGAAAAUAAACACCACGGACGCCUCCGUGCUCUUCUGCUGCAACAAGGCGUUUGUGUUCUUGCUCUCGUGGAUCGUUCUCAGGGACAGGUUCAUGGGCGUGAGGAUCGUGGCCGCCAUCCUCGCCAUCGCCGGGAUCGUGAUGAUGACCUACGCCGACGGCUUCCACAGCCACUCGGUCAUCGGCAUCGCGCUGGUGGUGGGCUCCGCGUCCAUGUCUGCGCUCUACAAGGUUCUCUUCAAGCUGCUCCUGGGCAGCGCGAAGUUCGGAGAAGCCGCCUUAUUCCUGUCCGUCCUGGGCGUGUUUAACGUCCUCUUCAUCUCCUGCGUCCCCGUCGUCCUGUACUUCACCCGCAUCGAGUACUGGAGCCCUUUCUCCAACAUCCCCUGGGGGCACCUGUGCGGAUUCUCCGUCCUCCUGCUGACGUUCAAUGUCGUGUUAAAUUUUGGAAUUGCUGUCACCUACCCGACUCUGAUGUCUCUCGGGAUCGUCCUCAGUGUGCCUGUGAACGCAG